CGCGGCGCUGACCCCGCGGACCCUUCGCCCGACUCGUGCGCGCCUGUCCCGGAGUGUGAGAAGGUGGCUCUGCAGCCGGCAGGAUGACCAACCCCGCGGCCGCGCAGAACCAGGAAAUAGACUGCCUGAGCCCCGAGGCCCAGAGGCUGGCGGAGGCCAGGCUUGCAGCGAAGCGGGCGGCCCGUGCGGAGGCCCGGGAGAUCCGGAUGAAGGAGCUGGAGCGGCAGCAGAAGGAGAUCUAUCAGGUUCAAAAGAAGUAUUAUGGGCUGGACACAAAAUGGGGUGACAUCGAGCAGUGGAUGGAGGACAGCGAGCGCUACUCCCGCAGGCCCAGAAGAAACACGUCGGCCUCUGAUGAAGACGAGCGCAUGUCAGUGGGUAGUCGUGGAAGCCUGAGGCACUCGGAGUACAGCGGCCACCUCAACUCCGGCUCCCGCGCCUCCUCCAGGCCCAGCUCGGCGCGGGCCAGCCCGGUGGUUGAAGAGAGACCAGAUAAAGAUUUCACUGAGAAGGGGCCGCGCAGCAUGCCCAGCUUGUCCGCAGCCACACUGGCCUCUCUGGGCGGGACUUCCUCUCGGAGAGGAAGCGGAGACACCUCCAUCUCCAUUGAGACCGAGGCAUCCAUGAGGGAGAUCAAGGAGCUCAAUGAGUUGAAGGACCAGAUUCAGGAUGUAGAAGGCAAAUACAUGCAGGGGUUGAAAGAGAUGAAGGACUCUCUAGCAGAAGUUGAGGAGAAAUACAAGAAAGCUAUGGUUUCCAAUGCUCAGCUAGACAACGAAAAGACAAACCUCAUGUACCAGGUCGACUCCCUGAAGGACACGUUACUGGAACUUGAAGAACAGCUGGCUGAAUCCAGGCGGCAGUAUGAAGAAAAAAAUAAAGAAUUUGAGAGGGAAAAGCAUGCCCACAGCGUGCUGCAGUUUCAGUUUGCUGAAGCGAAAGAGGCCCUGAAGCAAAGAGAAGAAAUGCUUGAGGAAAUCCGACAACUACAGCAGAAACAGGCGAGUUAUAUCAGGGAGAUUUCUGACCUUCAGGAAACAAUAGAGUGGAAAGACAAAAAGAUAGGGGCUUUAGAGAGGCAGAAAGAAUUCUUUGAUUCCAUAAGAAGUGAACGAGAUGAUCUUAGAGAAGAAGUAGUCAUGCUGAAAGAGGAAUUAAAGAAACAUGGGAUAAUCCUCAACUCAGAAACAGCUACCAAUGGAGAGACUUCAGACACGCUAAACAACGUUGGGUACCAGGGUCCUAUCAAGAUGACGAAAGAAGAGCUAAAUGCCCUCAAGUCGACAGGAGAUGGGGCGCUAGGAAGAGCCAAUGAAGUGGAAGUGAAAAAUGAAAUGGUGGAGAAUGUGGGGAAUACUGAGCAAGAACAGCACACAGAGGACCUAGAGGCCUUACAUCCUGGUGAAAAGGCCGAGGACCGGGACGCCUCGGAAGCCCCAUCCGUAGGACCCUUAGCAGCUGCUCAGUGUGAGGAGCAGGUUCAAAGCCAAGUUCUAGAGGGUACAGAGCGGGUUGACACGGUCACGGACAUGCCACAUGAUAGGACUGGAGUGUCCCUCGAGCAGUCUGACUGUGCGAGUGGCUUAGAUGGUGAAGUCUCAGGUCCUGAGAAGGGGCAGGACAGCUAUGAGGCCUUUGAGCUAAAAAAACAAAGUACCAAGUCUGUGGAGAAGCAGAAAAAAGAAAAAGAGGAGUUUAAAACCAACUUAGAAGAGGUUAAUCCAGAGCCAGGUCAGGGGCCUGUUCCUUUGCACACAUCUGAGGUUGAAAGGGUGAGCAGUGCAGACGUGGAGGGACUGAGGGGGCACCCGGAGAAUGCGAUAGUGCCAGGGGCAAAUAAAUUUGGGGAGCAAGUGGGCGCAGUGACCCCAGGUCCUCUGAAUAGUGAUGACACAGUGAGUGAUGAUGAAAAUUGUGUGGUAGGUGCACCCAAAGGGUUGGAGCCAAGCUCAGGGCAUGGUUCAGAGAAAGAGCUUGCCAACCAGGAAGUAGCUGAGUCCCAGGAGGCUCCCGUUCAGAGCACUGAGGCUGGCAGGGAGAACAGCGAAGAGGACCGAGAAACAGAAUCAAGAGAUGAGAAACCAGCCAAGACGGAAGCCCAACCCGUUCCUGGCUCUCCAGCAGCCAGGAAUGCUGAUCAGGGAGCAGCAGGCCCGAGUGUGGGAGAGCCUGAAAGUGAGUCCUCAGGUGGGAAAGAACUCGCUGGAUUAAAGAAUGACCAACAGCGAGAGGCACCAGAUUCAGCACAGAGGAAGGCAAAGAACAAGAGAAAGAAAAACAAGAAGAAGAAGCCACUUGCACCUGCAGAACCCCUUGAAGAUGUUAAGAAAGAGUUAACUUAUCAGAACUCAGAUUUAAGUGAAGGUAAAGAAGAGCAGGUCCAGUUUAUAGACCAGAAACCCGUCGUGGAAGCCCAAAUCGAGGUGACUGAAAGUCCAAAACAGAAGAUGGCAGCAGGAAGCAGUGCCGAUGCUGAUUGUCUGGAACACCCACAAACUGAUCUGGAUGAAAAACUUAGCCGAGAUGGUAUCAAAGCAAAGGCAGGGGGAGUAAUAGCCGACGGAGGCAUGUUAAAUUCUGAAGAUGACACAGUUGAGUCAUCAGGCACUGAUGCUGACAAUAUAGAGUUAGAUCAAGGUUUUGCAAAAGAUAAUGCCAAAAAGGAUGGCACUGCCCAAAGCCAUCCUCCUGAACCAGAGAGCCAAGAGGUGUGUAGCAGCACCCUGCUUGAAAAUAAAAGUCCCCCAGAGGACAUCCAUGAUGCCACUCAAGCAGGAGGUACAGAGGGGCAGGUGCCAGCCCAACAUGCAGGUCAGUCUGUCAAGGAAGUGUCAGAUAGCAUUAGUCUAGAAGAUGACGAUGAUGACAUGCCAGCCCCAGCAGGAGAGCUGGCGGACACCGGUGCAGAGAGCAGAGAAGAUGACAGAGAAUCCCUGGAGGGGAGCAAAGGCAAAGAAGACUGCACCCUGUCUUGAAUGGAGGCGUCUGCCUCCAGGGUAGGGGCAGGCCAGAUGCGAGGCAGGGUGUAGGGACAGCGAGGACCGGCACGGAAGUCUGACGGUAAGACCGCUUGUCUUUUACCCCCCUGACGAUGUCCAUAAAAUGUUCUAAAUUGACAGUGUGCCAAUGAGUUCCCAAGCUGUCUACUACUACCAUAAGUUACAGCCCGUUACUUCUAGAUUUAUUUUCAUCGUGGAAGUUAUCACAGAUUAGAAAGACAGACACUUCUGUCCCCAGUGUCAGUUGUCAUUGAGACCAUUCCCACAGCAUCACACCAUCAUGGAGUUGUCAUAUUCCAGCUUGCAGUAGAAUAUAUUUGCCAUUUGCCUUAAACUGCUAUGAAUGUGGAUGUUCUCAUCCAGAUAUAUCAGCAGCUGCUUGCUAUGACCGAAUAAGCAUUCCUACAUUUCCGUAUUGUAAGUAUAAUUGAUAUUUAAACUAGUAUGUCUCAGUCAUAUAAAUAUAUUUUAAUAUUUGAUUUGUUAUGUUCAUUAUAACCUGAACGGUAUUUUAUUUAAGGAGAUAAACAGCCAAAUAGCAUAUAGGUCACUGAGUGGUAAGAUUUGCACCUUAGGACAGUAGUUCAUCAUUUUAAGGAUAAGAAGUUGGAAGGCACUAGGGUGGUCUUGUCUGCCUUUACCUCAUUUAAGUAUUCUAGUUCACACCAAUACUUUUAGACUUCACGGUUGAUGACACCCAAGGUAACUUUGUAGGAGGUUUUGACUCCAUGUUGAUGAGGUACUGAAUUCAUUAUAUGCAAAAAAAAUUUUGUUUUCAUUUUCUGGAAGUGAUAUGUUGAAGUGACAAAUCCUGUGGCAGUACUUGGGCUGGAGCAGUUACUUAAAAAAAUUUUUUUUGGCCUAGCCAUGGUGGUAUGCACUGCUAAGAUGCUUGUUCUGCAAGGUGGGGCUACAUUGGAGGCCUGAGUUUGAUUCCCAAUCCAACCUACAGGCCAGGUGUGCAACUGUAAUCCCAGCAACUCAGGAGAUUGAGACAGGAGGAGCACAACAGUGAGAUCCUGUCUUUAAAAAUAAAUAACCUUAAAAUUACUUCCUCUGUUUGAAUGUGUAAUCAUUAUUCAGAAGAGUAAUAUUAAGGUUACUUAUUCUGUGCAAACUACGAAUUCAAUUAUAAUAGGAUAUUUUAAAGAGUUGAGUCACUUUUGGUAUCUUGGUAUAAAUGUUUUAAUUGGUUGUUUCUUAGUAUAUUCUUAUUGAAAAAUUCUUGUUUUGAUCUGCCUGAAGGUAAUAUAUAUUUUUUCUAUAUAAAGAAACAUUUUAAAAAUUGUAAAGUUAAAUUAAAAAAUCAUUGUAAACUAUAAACUCAAGGGACUGUACAUUAGGAAUGCUAUUGACAAUGAGAUGAUGUGAGUUCAUAUUACUGUUACAAGUACGAAAAGACCAAAACCUUAAUAAAAUUUGAGGCCAAUGUGUUACUAUGUUGUUGAAAUAAAAACAUUUAUAAGUUUA